CACUCUCCAUGCGCCCGGAUCCCCAAAGGGGGUCAAGGAUAAGGGCAAGGCUGUGAUGGACGCCACUGCCCAAACUGGGAAGGAUGCUCAUCCUUACCAGCCUAAGCAGUUAGCUACAGUAGGGUCUAAGGCCAAGGCCUCGGGAUUCCUUCCCAGAUAUACCUUACAAUCGGCCUUUAAGACCAAUAACUCGUUCUUUGUAGUCCUCUCCCCUGAGGCAGAGGAUGAGGCUGAGCCUUCCUCUAGUGACCCCCAUAGAUUUUUGAAUCUUGCGCUUUUAGACGAUGAUGACCUUCUUGUAGAUGAUCUGGAGCAGCCGGCCACCUCAUCUAAUUUGUGUGCCUUAGUAAUCAGUCAGAAUGUUAUCACGUAUUCAGUAAUGUUAAACUUUCUCAAUGUUCAGAUGCCGCCACGUAGGGAACCCGAUCAUCAGGCUCCUACUCAGGCUACUGUAGUCGCACAGUUCCGCGACUACCAUGCUGAAAAUUUCUCAGGGCAGGGAGAUCCCCGCAUCGUAGAUGAAUGGAUUCAGGGCUUGGAGUUUAUCUUUGAGGUCAUGGACUGCCCCGAUAGAUAUCGCGUAGUUUGCGCUCAGCUUCAGCUCACUGGUGAUGCUAGGCUCUGGUGGAAUGCCUACUGGAGCAUGCGUCCCGGUGAAAAAGUGGGGUGUACAUGGGACAUGCUCAAGGAGCUAGUCCGCGAAAAGUAUUACCCUUCCUACUAUCGGGCAGAGAUGGAGCGUCAGUUCUUAGCGCUCCAGCAGAGCACUCGUACAGUUGAUGAGUACGAGCGAGAGUUCACUAGACUUGCAGCUUUCGUACCGGACCUGGUUCGCACGGAGGCUCAGAGAGCGCAGCGGUUCAUCGACGGGCUUUACCCAGCAGUCCGUCAUAACAUCGUGGGACACGGAACUCAGACCUACGCUCGUGCAGUUUCUAUCGCCCAGGAGGUGGACGCUAGCAUCAGGAGGGAGGCCGUCCGUGAUCGUGCCCAGCCAUCCGCCCCAGUUCAGCCAUUCGCAACUCCACCAGCUCUACCAGCUGCUCAGCCGGCAAAGGAGAAGAAGAGGAAGGGGAAGGGUGCACAGACUGACCGGAGGACCCAACAGAGACAACAGCAA